AAUUUCAUGUUGGUGUGUGCUUCCUGACUGUCCUUUGUGCCUUGUGAGGAGUGCUGAUCGCAAUAUGUCUUCAGGACAUGCCAAAAUUGGGCACCAUGCCCCCCAGUUCAAAGCAACUGCUGUAAUGCCAGAUGGUCAGUUCAAAGAUAUCAGCCUAUCUGACUACAAAGGAAAAUAUGUUGUGUUCUUCUUUUACCCUCUUGACUUCACCUUUGUGUGCCCCACGGAAAUCAUUGCUUUCAGUGAUAGGGCAGAAGAAUUUAAGAAACUCAACUGCCAAGUGAUUGGUGCUUCUGUGGAUUCUCACUUCUGUCACCUGGCAUGGAUCAAGACACCCAGGAAACAAGGAGGACUGGGACCCAUGAACAUUCCCUUGAUAUCAGACCCCAAGCGCACCAUUGCUCAGGACUAUGGGGUCUUAAAGGCUGAUGAAGGCAUCUCAUUCAGGGGCCUUUUUAUUAUUGAUGAUAAAGGUAUCCUUCGACAGAUCACCAUAAAUGACCUUCCUGUUGGCCGUUCUGUGGAUGAGACACUGAGACUAGUUCAGGCCUUCCAGUUUACUGACAAACAUGGGGAAGUGUGCCCAGCUGGCUGGAAGCCUGGCAGUGAUACCAUCAAGCCUGAUGUCCAGAAGAGCAAAGAAUAUUUCUCUAAGCAGAAGUGAGCACUGGGCCAUCUUAGGGCGAGGCUGCAGUAGGUGGCCAUGAGAACAAAACCUCUUUUGUACUAUUGUUAUGCUUAAAACACAAGACCUUGCACUCAGCCCAGAUGUGGUGUGGGACAGGACAGGCCUUUCCUGCAGGGGUUGGGGAGGCCAGCCUUUCUUCCUCUGGAGGGAAUGGCCUGAGCUGUAUUAUGGGGCAGGCAAACUGAUGUGUAUAGUAGUAGGGUAUCACUUUCAGUCUUUUGUAGUUUGAUUAAACUUGAGCUGAGAAAAAAAA